CCCGUCCCUAACCCGACGCCGCUCGCUUCGCACAGGGCUCUCUGCACCCAGCACCCGGCUCCGCACCACCUCCGCGCAAGGAAACAGCGCCUUCUCCUCACCAGGGAAGCCCCACCCACCUGAAGCCAAGAUGUCCAGUAAGCGGGCCAAGGCCAAGACCACCAAGAAGCGGCCACAGCGGGCCACAUCCAAUGUCUUUGCGAUGUUUGACCAGUCCCAGAUCCAGGAGUUUAAGGAGGCCUUCAACAUGAUCGACCAGAACCGAGACGGCUUCAUCGACAAGGAGGACUUGCAUGACAUGCUGGCCUCCCUGGGGAAGAACCCCACGGAUGAGUACCUGGAGGGCAUGAUGAGCGAGGCCCCCGGCCCCAUCAACUUCACCAUGUUCCUGACCAUGUUUGGGGAGAAGCUGAACGGCACGGACCCUGAGGACGUGAUCCGCAACGCCUUUGCCUGCUUUGAUGAGGAGGCCUCAGGUUUUAUCCACGAGGACCACCUUCGGGAGCUGCUCACCACCAUGGGCGACCGCUUCACAGACGAGGAAGUAGAUGAGAUGUACCGCGAGGCACCCAUUGACAAGAAGGGCAACUUCAACUACGUGGAGUUCACCCGCAUCCUCAAACAUGGUGCCAAGGACAAAGACGACUAGGCUCCCCGGCCCCCAGGCCCAGGCCCCUGUCCCAGUCCCCUGCUCCCCCCACACGCAGUCUGCACCUGCCCCGUGCCCAUGGGACUCCCCCAGGGGAGCCUCCCUCUGAGGGGUUAGGGGCCUGGCUCCCAGGGGAGGAAACAGGCCAGGAGAGCAGUGCCAGGCACGGGUCACACAGCCAGCGUGAGGCCGGUGUGCCCACUGUGACCCUCCAAGAAGGAUCGUCCAGGGAUCUGGGCCAGAGGGCUGGGCCUGGGGGUUGCAGGGACACCCCACAGGAGAGCCUGGGCCUCAGCUGUUGCCUGCCUGGAACGGGCUGUCCCCACAGGACGGGCCCUGUGUCCUGCCCUGGGACACCACUUCAUGUGCACCCCAUGCAGGGCAUGAAAGCCCUUUCCCAGCCACUGCCACAAACACACAAACCUCACCACCAUUCCUUCUCAGAGGACAGGACGACAGACCCCCCUCCACCCUGCCCCCACCCCACCCCACCGGGAGUGUGCUCCAGAAGGUGCUGGGGGGGCGUGUCGCUUGUCCCAGGGGAGGCGGAGUUUCUAAUAGAAGGCUGAG